UGCCAAACCAUUACCUUUUUUUCCCAAUUUCUAGGGUUUCUCUGCUUUCAUUACCAAAUCGAUUCAAUUUUGAGAUCGAUAAAGAUCGUCUUCUAAUUGACUCGACGAAAUAUGGCGACAGCAUCUGUGGCAUUUAAGUCUAGGGAGGAUCACCGGAAGCAAAUUGAAUUAGAAGAAGCGCGUAAAGCUGGGCUUGCUCCUGCCGAGGUUGAUGAGGAUGGAAAAGAAAUCAAUCCUCAUAUACCUCAGUACAUGUCCUCGGCACCAUGGUAUCUCAAUUCUGAAAAGCCGAGUUUAAAACAUCAAAGAAAGUGGAAGUCCGACCCCAAUUACACAAAGUCAUGGUAUGACAGAGGCGCGAAAAUUUUCCAUGCUGAAAAAUACCGCAAAGGUGCAUGCGCUAACUGUGGAGCAAUGACACAUGAUGCCAAGUCAUGCAUGGAACGUCCUCGAAAAAUGGGAGCAAGGUGGACAAACAUAAACAUUGCACCUGAUGAAAAAAUUGAGACCUUUGAGCUUGAUUACGAUGGGAAGAGAGACCGUUGGAAUGGCUAUGAUACAUCAACCUAUGCCCGAAUUGUUGAAAGAUAUGAAGCCAGGGAUGAAGCACGGAGGAAAUUUUUGAAGGAGCAGCAAUUUAAGAAAUUAGAGGAGAAAAAUAAUAACCAGAGUAGUGAGGAUGGGCUCAGUGAUGGGGACGAUGAUGACGAUGAUUUAAGGGUAGAUGAAGCCAAAGUUGAUGAGAGCAAGCAAAUGGAUUUUGCAAAGGUUGAAAAACGUGUACGUACAACAGGUGGUGGGAGCACAGGAACUGUAAGGAAUUUGCGAAUUCGGGAGGAUACAGCAAAGUACCUCUUAAAUCUGGAUGUUAAUUCGGCACACUAUGAUCCUAAAACUCGAUCCAUGCGUGAAGAUCCACUUCCUGAUGCAGAUCCAAAUGAGAAAUUUUAUGAAGGGGAUAACCAAUACAGAAAUAGUGGUCAAGCUUUGGAGUUUAAGGAGCUCAACAUCCAUUCUUGGGAAGCAUUUGAUAAGGGACAAGACAUUCACAUGCAAGCUGCUCCUUCCCAAGCUGAAUUGCUGUAUAAGAAUUAUAAGGUCAUAAAGGAGAAGUUGAAGUCUAAAACAAAGGACACAAUUAUGGAAAAAUAUGGCAAUGCAGCUGCUGAGGAAGAACUUCCAAGAGAGCUGCUUUUGGGACAAAGUGAAAGAGAAGUUGAAUAUGAUCGUACUGGCCGGAUAAUAAAGGGACAGGAGACAGCACUUCCGAAGAGCAAAUAUGAAGAGGACGUUUAUAUUAAUAAUCACACUAGUGUUUGGGGUUCGUGGUGGAAGGAUCAUCAGUGGGGGUAUAAAUGCUGCAAGCAAGUGAUACGUAACAGCUAUUGCACAGGUGCAGCUGGAAUUGAGGCUGCAGAGGCUGCAACAGACCUCAUGAAGGCCAAUAUUGCCCGUAAAGAGGCCAAUGAAGAGCAUGUACCAGUGGAGGAGAAAAGGCAUGUCACUUGGGGGACUGAUGUUCCAGAGGAUUUGGUUUUGGAUGAGAAAUUACUUGCUGAUGCACUCAAGAAGGAGGACGAAAGGAGGAGAGAGGAGAAAGAUGAGAGAAAGAGGAAAUACAAUGUCAGAUGGAAUGAUGAGGUUACUCCCGAGGAUAUGGAGGCAUAUAGGAUGAAGAAAGUGCAUCAUGAUGAUCCCAUGAGGGAUUUCCUGCACUAAGUUGACAUGUGCAAACAGAAUUCCGUAUGGAGUCCAUCUCUGAACUGGAAAGCUCUGGGGCUAUAAAAAUACUAUGGAGCCUUGAUGAUCUGGAUUGAAAAGCUUGGAGUGUUUCCAUUUGCUGUUGUAAGGAUUCGAUGGUAGUAUAUUUUUAGGAUCUUGCUGGUUGUAUCAUGAAAUGUUGGAGAAUUUCUCUCUUUCUAAAUGUCAGCAAACAAUGAUAUGCUACUCUAAAUUACUUCCAAUGUAUCUUAUAUAGGCGAAAUCCAUGCAGUUGUGCUUAAAUA